CGGUCACGAGCCAGGCUCCCCCUCCGUGGAGGAGGGGAGCGGGGCUGCGAGGGCUGGGCUCUACCUCACGGGUGGCGGCGGCGCUGGGCUCGGGGAGUGGAAGGGGGGUUGGGCUCGCCCUGACAGGAUUAAUUCUCUCCAGGACGGUCUCCCAGCGGCUGAGGGUGGGGGCCGCCCGCAGCCUCUCAGUGCCGCCGUCCGGCGCGGGUCGGGUGGCUGGGCGGGGGUCUGCUCCGAGCCGCCCGGCGGAGUCCGCGCGUCCGGCGGCGACGAUGGAUCUGGGGAGCGCCUGGCGGAGGGUGGCAGGCUCCCCUGCGCCCCACGGAGUCUGGAGACCUUGUUCCUCUUCCCCCUGCUGCUCCGCCUCGCUGCUGGAUAUGAACAGCUGGCUGCUCUUCUACGGCGUCCUGUACCUGGUGCUCUAUGCCCAGGUGUCCCAGUCCAAGCCCUGUGACAGGACCUCCUGCUUCUCCGGGCGGUGUGUCAACUCCACCUGCCUCUGUGACCAGGGCUGGGUAGGAGACCAGUGCCAGCAUUGCCAGGGCCGGUUCAAGUUAACAGAACCCUCUGGAUAUUUAACAGAUGGACCAAUAAAUUAUAAAUAUAAAACGAAAUGUACAUGGUUAAUUGAAGGAUAUCCUAAUGCAAUAUUAAGAUUAAGAUUUAAUCAUUUUGCCACAGAAUGUAGUUGGGACCAUAUGUAUGUUUAUGAUGGAGAUUCAGUAUAUGCACCUUUAAUAGCUGUAUUUAGUGGUCUAAUAGUCCCUGAGGUGCGGGGAAAUGAAACUGUUCCUGAAGUAGUUACUACAUCUGGCUAUGUGUUGCUACACUUUUUUAGUGAUGCUGCUUAUAACCUAACUGGAUUUAACAUAUUUUACUCCAUUAAUUCCUGUCCUAACAAUUGCUCAGGGCAUGGGAAGUGUACAACUAGUGUUUCCAUUCCAAGCCAAGUGUACUGUGAGUGUGACAAGUAUUGGAAAGGCGAAGCCUGUGAUAUUCCAUACUGUAAAGCUAACUGUGGGAGCCCAGAUCAUGGCUACUGUGAUCUGACAGGCGAGAAGCUGUGUGUGUGCAAUGAUAGCUGGCAAGGCCCUGAUUGUUCUUUGAACGUUCCUUCCAUGGAGUCUUACUGGAUUCUACCAAAUGUAAAGCCGUUCAGUCCUUCUGUAGGUCGGGCUUCCCAUAAAGCAGUUCUACAUGGAAAAUUUAUGUGGGUGAUUGGUGGAUAUACCUUUAACUACAGUUCAUUCCAAAUGGUAUUAAACUAUAAUUUAGACAGCAACAUAUGGAAUGUAGUACCUGUAUCAAAAGGACCUCUCCAGAGAUAUGGACACAGUCUUGCUUUAUAUCAGGAAGACAUCUACAUGUAUGGAGGCAAAAUUGAAACAAAUAAUGGGAAUGUCACUGAUGAGCUGUGGAUAUUCAGCAUAAACAGUCAAACAUGGAGUACCAAAAUUCCUGCAAUACUUGUACAUGGCCAACAGUAUGCUGUGGAGGGUCACUCAGCGCAUAUAGUAGAGUUGGACAGCAGAGAUGUUGUCAUGAUCAUCAUUUUUGGAUACUCUGCAGUGUAUGGCUACACAAGCAGUGUGCAAGAGUACUAUAUCAGAUCAAAUUCAUGGCUUGUACCAGAAACAAAAGGAGCAAUUGUACAAGGUGGAUAUGGUCAUACUAGUGUCUAUGAUGAAAUGACAAAAUCCAUUUAUGUUCAUGGUGGAUACAAAGCAUUACCUGGCAAUAAAUAUGGAUUGGUGGAUGACCUUUAUAGAUAUGAAGUUAAUACGAGGACAUGUGACAAGAUGCAGUUGAGACCACACAUCAACUUCCUUUUGCAUGCUUUCAACAGAUAUCGUGCACUGUCUGCACAAUCAAGAGAUGAUGUAAAUAUAGCUUGUGAUGAAUGGAAAAUUUUACCAAAACCUAAUCUGCAUCGAGAUUUGAACAGAUUUGGACACACUGCAGUUGUCAGUAAUGGGUCCAUGUACAUAUUUGGGGGUUUUUCAAGUGUUCUGUUGAAUGAUAUCCUUGUGUACAAGCCUCCAGACUGUGAAGCAUUCAGACAAGAAGAACUGUGUAAAAAUGCUGGUCCAGGGAUAAGAUGUCUGUGGAACAAAAACCAUUGUGAAUCCUGGGAAUCUGGACGUGCUAACAAUGUCCUUGAAGCAAAGUGUACCAGAAAAACAGCUGCUGCAGAUGACAGAUGUUACAGAUAUGCAGACUGUGCCAGUUGUACCGCCAAUACAAAUGGUUGCCAGUGGUGUGAUGACAAGAAGUGCAUUUCAGCGAACAGUAACUGCAGUAUGUCAGUCAAAAACUACACCAAAUGUCAUGUGAGAAAUGAACAGAUCUGUAAUAAAUUGACCAGCUGUAAAAGUUGCUCACUAAACCUGAACUGCCAGUGGGAUCAGCGGCAGCAAGAAUGCCAGGCUUUACCAGCUCAUCUGUGUGGGGAAGGAUGGAGUCACAUUGGCGAUGCCUGCCUCCGCAUAAAUUCUAGUCGUGAAAGCUAUGACAAUGCCAAACUAUACUGCUACAAUUUGAGUGGGAACCUUGCCUCAUUAACAACCUCAAAAGAAGUGGAAUUUGUUCUGGAUGAAAUACAGAAGUAUACAGUCCAGAAAAUAUCACCUUGGGUAGGUUUGCGCAAGAUCAACAUCUCCUACUGGGGAUGGGAUGACAUGUCUCCUUUCACAAAUACGACACUGCAAUGGCUUCCUGGAGAACCAAAUGACUCUGGCUUCUGUGCAUAUCUAGAAAGAGCAGAGGUGGCAGGGCUGAAAGCGAAUCCAUGCACCGCUAAGGCAGAUGGUCUUGUCUGUGAAAAACCUGUUGUUAGUCCUAAUCAAAAUGCUAGACCCUGCAAAAAAACAUGUUCCCUGAGAACAACAUGUUCCAACUGCACGAGCAAUGGCAUGGAGUGUAUGUGGUGUAGCAGUACAAAACGAUGCGUUGACUCAAAUGCCUAUAUAAUCUCCUUUCCAUAUGGACAGUGCCUAGAGUGGCAAACUGCCACCUGCUCUCCUCAAAACUGCUCUGGAUUGAGGACCUGUGGGCAGUGUUUGGAACAGCCUGGAUGCGGAUGGUGCAAUGAUCCCAGUAAUACAGGAAAAGGGCAUUGUGUGGAAGGAUCUUCAAGAGGGCCAAUGAAGCUCGUUGGGGUGCACUCCAAUGAAAUGGUUCUUGACACUAAUCUUUGUCCAAAAGAGAAAAAUUAUGAAUGGUCCUUCAUCCACUGUCCAGCUUGCCAGUGUAACGGGCACAGCACCUGCAUCAAUGGCAAUAUUUGUGACCAGUGUAAAAACCUAACUACAGGAAAACAGUGUGAAACAUGCAUGCCGGGUUACUACGGGGAUCCAACAAAUGGAGGCCAAUGUACAGCUUGCACAUGCAGUGGACAUGCAAAUAUUUGUCACAUGCAAACAGGAAAAUGUUUUUGUGCAACUAAAGGAAUCAAAGGAGACCAGUGUCAACUCUGUGACUCUGAAAACAGGUACCUCGGAAAUCCACUCAGGGGAACAUGUUACUACAGCCUUUUGAUUGACUACCAGUUUACCUUCAGCUUAUUACAAGAAGAUGAUCGCCACUUCACUGCCAUAAACUUUAUAGCAAACCCUGAACAGUCAAACAAAAAUUUGGAUAUAUCAAUUAAUGCAUCAAACAACUUUAACCUCAAUAUUACAUGGUCUAUUGGUUCUACAGCAGGAACAAUAUCUGGAGAAGAGAUUCCUGUUGUUUCCAAGACUAAUGUCAAGGAAUUUACAGAUAGCUUUUCUUGUGAAAAAUUCAACUUUCGGAGUAACCCAAACAUCACUUUCUAUGUGUAUGUCAGCAAUUUUUCCUGGCCAAUCAAAAUACAGGUUGCCUUUUCACAGCACAACACCAUCAUGGAUCUUGUGCAGUUCUUUGUCACCUUCUUCAGUUGUUUUUUGUCCUUACUGCUGGUGGCUGCUGUCGUUUGGAAGAUCAAACAAACCUGUUGGGCGUCUCGACGGAGAGAGCAACUUAUGCGGGAGCGACAGCAGAUGGCCAGCCGUCCCUUUGCUUCUGUCGAUGUAGCACUGGAAGUAGGAGCUGAGCAAACAGACUUUCUACGAGGGCCAUUAGAGGGUGCUCCUAAACCAAUUGCCAUUGAGCCUUGUUCAGGAAACAAAGCAGCCGUCCUUACUGUAUUUUUAUGUCUACCGAGAGGAUCAUCAGGAGUCCCACCCCCUGGUCAAUCAGGUCUUGCAAUUGCAAGUGCCUUGAUAGACAUUUCCCAACAGAAGCCUGCAGACAGUAAAGAUAAGAGUUCAGGAGUCAGAAAUCGAAAACAUCAUCUUUCAACACGUCAAGGAACUUGUGUGUGAGGUCCAGAAAAUGCACUUGUACAUUCUGUAAUGUUUUCCUUUUAAAUGGCUUCCAUUGAAAGCUAUACUACAGCCUCAGUUUUUCUGGAGGCAAACCUAUGGAUUAUGAUGAUGAAGAUGAUGAUGAUGAUAAGUAAUGUGUCCUGUUAUAUUCACACUUGCAGCCUGCUAUUCCCCACAGCAGAACAACCUUAUGGCAAAUAUGAGUCUAUUUGAUGAGUUUAUUUAGAAAUAAACUAAAUACUUGUCUUGAUGCUGAGUAUAUAUUGAGGUGGGGUGGGCAUUGAGUACAUCUAGGAAAGACUACACAUUGUUUUGUAAUGUAGAAGGAAAUUGUAUAAUUGAAAACUAAACUAUUCACAGGACACUAAAAGACAUUUUUGUAGAGCUUAAUGUAAUGGUGAGAAUUGUAUGGUUUUCUUCUCUUAAUUGGAGUUAAAAUACCCUUACAGAAAGCAGGAACUGAAGAUGCUGUUGUGGAUUUAGGGGUUGUUUUAUCAUUGCCCAAAUCUGAAGGUAGAUUUUGAAUUAAGCAGUAUGUAGGUGUAGCCAAGCAAAACAGCAAAUAUAUAUUUUGAUGAUCAUAUCAUAUAAAAACCUGAUUAAAGCAUAUCAUGGUUUUUUUUACCUUCUUAAAGGCCCUGACAUGCAGUCUGGGCUACAACAGGAUGAUGGGUGGACUUCAGUAUUUCACUUCAUAAGAAGUUUAUUAGAAUUCUGACUGACGUGUAUUGUAAAGAGUACAUGUUGGUCUUCCAUAUCAACUAAUUAUCAGAGCUGAUUGAGCAUGAAAAAUUCUAUCCUGAAAUCAAGUUUCCUUUUUUUCCAAAAGCUCUCUCCAAGAUUGCAAGCCUAAGGAGAAUUUAACUUGCUGUUACUUUGCAGUAGUAUACUUGCUUCUGCUUCAAUACUGUAAUAUUCUAAAGUGACUGUAAAUCAUUGUCCUCACCUCCCAGCAAAAAGGUUGCACCUCAAAUAGCACAUUGACCCAUCCAUAAUAAUAAUUAAUAAUAAAUUAUGAUCUUCCUCUGACCUUCCUUUCCCAGCUGCAGAAUUUCAUCUGAUCUUCACUUUCAUCCUAUUUAAAGAAAUAUCCUGCAUACAAAAUUCAUAUAAUAAUAAACUUCCAAAAGCCAGCUUGAUUCCAACAGUGGUUCUCAGAUCAUCCAUCUAAUAUGGGACCUCACCAAAUCAAUGCUCAACAACAAAAAAGCUAACGGAAAAGCAUCCUCUCUAGUAGGCAUUAGUCUAACAAGCUUUGGGGAGCUUGUUCACCAUGGUAAAAACUCCAGCAAACAGCUUCAUAUGGCCCUCCUCACUGUAUUUCCAGUGAGUUAUAAUUCUGAAAUACAGCAAAAGAAAAAGAGACUGUUAAGGGGAGGGAGGUAGCAAAUGGGUCUUAUUCUCAUUUAUGCAUUAAACGUUGAUGAUGGUUUAUGUGAAACCAAUAGUUUUGUUAGCUCUUGCUCGGAAGUGAAGUUUAUCACCUCCACCAUUGCCAAGGUGCUAAUGUAGGAGAGAGCCAGAGAGGUAUAAAUGCCUCUUGUAUAUGAUAGAGUUUUGGUAAAUAUGAAAGAUAUAAAAAAAAUUGAUGUUUACUACUAUAGCUGUAUUUUUCAUUUUCUUUUUUAUUUCAGGAAGGUGAUGACAUUUUACUGUUUACAGUUGACUACAUAGUUACUUGCAUGCCAUGGUGGUGCAGUAGCAGUAAUAAAGCCCUGUUGUGAGUUGAUAGUGUUUAUUUUGUAAUGCCAUUCAUACAUAAAACUAUUCCACUUAAUUUGGAUGAGGACUGAAUGUAAAAAUUAAAUAAAUAUUAAAAGGAAUGGUUGUACAGGAUUAUUAGGUUGCAUCUUACCAUGACUGCUAUAUUGUUUUGACAAAUUGUGCAUUUAUAAAUUAUGCUAUAAUUAUUCCUUAGCUGGCAUGAUUGUUUCAGUAUUUUCCUAUCUUAAAAUAUGACUGAUUCUUAAGCUAAAAUAAUGCCAUCACGAUAUUGUGUUUUUAUUGACUAUUCUGACCUCACUCCUUUAUUUCUUAAAACCUAAGAUUCAUUUUUAAAGAUUCUUUUGUGAAUUUUCAGUCAAUGCUACUUAAAACCUGGAAAAAAGAGUCUUCUGAAAAUAGCUCCUUCUGUCAGUUUUAAUGCAGAACUGCUUGGGUGAAAAUAAGCCAGUAGAACUGGUGUGCAUGGUGAAUUAGCCAUUCAAAAAGAAAAGAAAUAAACCACUUGUCUGGAAAUUUUCCUUAAUUCUGUAAUAUCUUUCUGUCGAAACAUUACACAUGAGAAAUGUACAUUUCUUUGUGUGUACCUGAGACCCAUGGUACCCAGGGCAUGUAUUCUACAGAGCAAUUUCUCUGACUGGAAUCCCCCAAGUGGGAAUUGCAUCUACCUGUAGUCACCUGGAGUUUGACGUUACUUGAAAAGUAAAUUUAAGUUUAAAUGGAUUAUAAUGUUUAUUGUAGCACUUGAGAUGGGCAGGUAUUCAUUAGGCAUUUUAUAAAGUUAUCAGUUAAAAACAUGUUGUUUUUAUUGUUCAGAUAAAAUACCAGUGUCAUGGGGUCAUUCAACAUUUUCAUUAUAUUCAGAGUACUUUUUCUAACACUUCCGUGACCAUUC